GCAGGUCCAGUAAUUAAGGUUAAAAUCCCAAAGGACAGAGACGGUAGACCCAAGCAGUUCGCGUUUGUGAAUUUCAAACAUGAAGAAUCUGUCCCUUACGGAUUGAGCCUGCUUAACGGGAUCAAACUGUACGGAAGGCCCAUCAAAAUUCAGUUCCGAUCAGGGAGCAGUCACGCAUCUCAGGACGGCAAUCUGUCUUGUUCCCCGCACGGAGCUGCCAACGCCAGCCCGUCUGGCGCGCCGCAUCCCGCAUCAAACUGCAGCAGAUACGACAGGAGUUCUGACAGCGUGGUGGCAGCGGGAUUCUCGUCGGUGCAGAGGUCCCUGCCGCCUGCCGAGAACCUUCAGAGACAAGCGGUGAUGAACAGCGCCUUGCGGCAGCAGCCUCAGUUCGGGGGGAAGUACGAGCAGCCCGGCUUCGCUCCCCCGGGCUACCAGCAG